AUGAUGGUUCAACGAGUUAUCGUGUUUAUAUGCCUGCUAGAAUCUGUUAUACUUUACGAAUUACGUUAUAAUGUCCCGUUAGAUGAAACAACCAAUAGCAGUUUGAAAUGGGAUUAUGAUCAAUAUGAUUCGGAAGUUUUACAAUUCGAAUGGAGUGUUACGAGAGAGUAUGACAGCGGUGCUGUAUUAGCAUUUACAAAUUACGAAUAUAUGAAUAAUGCUGAUUUACUUGUGCUCGAUGAAAGCGAUCGAGUUUACGAUGCGUAUACAAAUGAUGACAGCAUGAUUACACUUGAUAACGAUAAAAAUAUAGACUGUCAUGUUAAGAGUCGAAAAACCAUACAAAAAAUGAAACAAAGUGUAGUGAGUUGCAAACGACCAGUAGAUACAUGUGACGAACAUGAUUAUGUUAUAGACAGCGGUACGGUGCACAUUAUGUCAGGAAAAUUGAAUCAAAGACAGUUGCUUGAGAUAAAAGAGAAUCGAUCAUCACUCCACUUCGAUCUCAGGAAUAUUAAACUGCACUUACAACGAGUACAAUUGUUGAAAAGUCAGGAAAAGUUUCCCACGAUAUCCAAUGAUGCACUUCACUAUGAUUUUCUUAAUUCAAAUGUGACAAUUCCGAACGUGGAUACGACCUAUUGGUGUAAAAGAUUCGAGUUACCAUCGGACAUUGUUAAAGAACCUCAUCACAUAAUUCGGUUUGAUGGUGUUGUCUCACCUCAAAGCGAAGGUGUCGUUCAUCACAUGGAACUAUUUCACUGCAACAUACCACCCGAGAAAGAAGUGCCUGAAUACAAUAGACCAUGUACAGCAGAACAAAAGCCAAUGGGCCUUACGGAAUGUCGUCGAGUCAUCGGUGCUUGGGCAUUAGGUGCAGCCAAUUUCAGUUACCCGAAAGAGGCCGGAGGAACCAUCGGUGGAAAACACCAGUCAAAAUAUGUCGUACUCGAAGUUCAUUUCAACAACCCCGACUUGAAAGCAGGCAUUAUUGAUCAUUCGGGUAUUCGUAUCUAUUAUACACGUGAACUUCGUAAAAACGAUGCGGCAAUAAUGGAAGUUGGCCUCGAAUAUAACCCCAAAAACAGUAUACCACCACAUCUUGCAGCAUUUCGUCUGUCAGGCUACUGUUUAGGCCCCUGUACAAAUGUGGGUCUACCCGAAGAAGGUAUUACGGUGUUCGCUUCUCAGCUUCACACUCAUCUCACCGGUGUUCAAGUGUUCACUCGUAUCAUUCGUAAAGAUGGUACAAUCGAAAUACUAAAUAUUGAUCGGCACUACAGUCCACAUUUUCAAGAAAUCCGCAUUCUUCAAAAACCGAUUAAAAUCUAUAAAGGCGAUACAAUUCUUCAUACGUGCAUAUUCAACACACGUGAACGUAAGAAGAUGACAUUUGGUGGCUUUUCCAUUCACGAUGAAAUGUGUGUUAACUAUAUGCAUUAUUAUCCGAAAGCCGACCUAGAAGUAUGUAAAACAUCGGUGAACGAUGAUUCAUUGAAUGAAUUCUUCUCGGCUAUGUACAAAGUGGAUUAUGCACAAACUGAUGAGAAUAAAACAGUUGAACAAAAUUAUGAAUCGAUAACAUGGACACCACUUACAAGCGCCAUACUUCAAACAUUCUAUGAACAAGCACCGAUACACUUCUCCUGUAAUGGAAGUAACGGAAACUAUUUAUCUGGAGAAAAUUGGAAUAAAUACUCUGCUCAAGAACCUCUACAGCGAGACGUUUCUUUACCAUCCAAUUGUCGUUAA